AUUUCUCUGUUUACUGUCGUACUGACUGUUCUGUGAAUAUUUGGACAAAAUCAAAAAAGGAAUCAGUGAUCAGUUCUAAACGAAGGGAAACACUUUCAAAAGGAUUUUUCUGAAGUUUAUUUCAGAGUCGACAGCAGAUCUUUGCUGAUUCUGAUGAUUAUUCAUUAUUGAAAGCAACAUUCCAAAAGUGAAAGUAAAGCUCAGAUCGUUGGAGCUUUUAUAAACAGUGAAAAUGGAUUCACUCUCUGUGGAAGAAUUUUCUUGUCCCGUGUGCUGUAAAAUCUACAAGAAUCCUGUUCUUCUGUCGUGUAGUCACAGUGUGUGUAAAGAGUGUCUUCGACAGUUCUGGAAAACCAAGAGAACUCAGGAGUGUCCCGUCUGCAGGAGAAGAUCUUUAAAGGAAGAACCUCCUCGUAAUCUGGCAUUGAAGAACUUGUGUGAGAUGUUUGUGAAGGAGGGAAAUGAGAAGGAGAUCUGCAGUUUACACAGAGAGAAACUCAAACUCUUCUGUCUGGAUGAUAAACAGCCGGUGUGUUUAGUGUGCAGAGAUUCACAAAAACAUACCAAUCACAAAUUUCUCCCCAUCUGUGAAGUUCUUCCAUCUUACAAGGAGGAACUCAAUACAGCACUGAAGUCUUUACAAAAGAAACUCAAACGCACAGAAAAGAAAAAAGGAGAGUUUGAUGAAUCAGUUGGACACAUCAAGACUCAAGCUGAGCACACAGAGCGUCAGAUUAAAGAGCAGUUUAAGAAGCUUCAUGAGUUUCUCCGACAUGAAGAAGAAGCUACAAUCACUGAACUGAGAGAGGAAGAGGAGCAGAAGAGUCAGAUGAUGAAGAAGAAGCUUGAGGAGAUGAACACACACAUCUCAGCUCUUUCACACACAAUCAAAGACAUGGAGGAAAUGAUGAAAGCCAAUGACGAUGUCUCAUUUCUAAAGAACUUUAAUGUGACAAUGGAAAGAGUCCAGAUCUCACAGCCGGAUCCACAGAUGACUUCUGGAGCUUUCAUUCAUGUGCCACAUUACUUGGGCAACCUGACAUUCAGAGUCUGGAAGAAGAUGCGAGACAUUGUCCACAAGACUCCUGUGAUUCUGGAUCCAAACACUGCACAUCCACGUCUGAUCCUGUCUGAUGAUCUGACCAGUGUGAGAUACAAUUAUAACAGACAAACAUUACCUGAUAAUCCAGAGAGAAUUAACUGUGAUUCGUGUGUUCUGGGUUCAGAGGGGUUUAACUCAGGAACACACUGCUGGGAUGUGGAGAUUAAAUACAAUAAUAACUGGAGUCUUGGAGUAACUACAGCAUCAAACCAGAGGAAGGGAGGAUUUUUCUUUAACGCUCAUGUCUGGGGUGUGAGGUACAGUAAUCUUGGAUUCUUCUCAGGGUUUCCCUCCACUGUGUUUAAUGUCGCACAGAAUCUUGAGCGUGUGAGAGUUCAUCUGGAUUAUGACGGAGGAAAAGUGUCAUUCUCUGAUCCUGUAACUAACACACAUCUACACACAUACACACACACAUUUACACACACACUCUUGCCAUUCUUCUAUAGUUUUCAUGGAGGUUCCCCUCUGAGGAUUUUACCAGUUAAAUUCACAGUAAUAUCUGAUCCUGCUUACUGAACAUCUCACAAGUAUUUAGUCAUUGAUGCAAUCUUAGAACAUUUAGAUUUCCAAAGGUUAAAUAUGUCAAUAAUAACUCAACAUAGUCUACAAAAACUCAACAGAUAAGAUUGAAUGAUCUCAUCAGACAUAUGAGUGAGUUUUCUUAACAUGAUUUUUGUCAUUUGUAAGUUCACAGAAAUCAAUUAAAUGUGAUCAUAUGUUUGAUAUUUGCUCCACACUUCAUCUUUACCAGUUUACUCUCAUCUUAACUACCAGUAACUCACUGAACCUUUAAUCUAACCAGCUCAGUCUCAUAAAGGGGCGAUUGAAGAUCCAGAAUACAGUGUACGAUUACAGGAUUUUACAAUCAUUUUCACACAUUUGUCCACCCGAUCUCUUCAUUCAGUUGUCUUUUGUAACUUGUAUGUUGACAAAUCAGUUCAUCUCUCUUCCAAAACGCUCCACAAUCACCAAAAGAUUUCCUACAUGUCUUAAAAUAAGUGCACUCAACUUAAGUGUCUGUUAUAUCUUCUCAGUGAAGUGUUAAAACUCUGUGAUAAAAGAAUAAAUGAAAGUAUAUUUACAGUAUGAAAUGAGCAUUAAACAAUAACAACAUUGACAGUAAUCAGAUGAAAAUAUCUGACAGUGUUUCAGCAACAAUCCAAGAGUUUAUUUAUAAUAAUUCACUCAUGAUAAUUAUAUUAAUAUCAGAACUUGUUCUUUCAGUUUCUGUGAUUCUGGAUCAUUAUUUAGAUUAUUUCUGAU